AUGACCUUGGCAAAAACCAAAUUGGCUGAGGUUUUUAAUCAACGUAAUGAAAGCCGCACCACGGUCACCUUGGUCCCCGUUAAUGCCGAUCCGGAAAGCUCAACUGUUGAAGUAAGAAUUGAUAGAGCUCCGGAAAAUAUUAAGGAGGCUGUGCGUUUGAUAGAGUUUCUUCGUGAGGUGAUGGAGAGGUUUGAAUUGGAGGCUGCCAAGGAGCUAGCAGAAGAGGUUCUCCGUGAAAGGAGACGGAGACAGAAUCAAACGACGGAGGAGGAGGAGGAUGCGGAGGAUGAGGAUGAUACAGAGGUUGAUAUCAAAUAUGACAGGCGCGGCCCAUACACGACUAUGACCUUGGCAAAAACCAAAUUGACUCAGGUUUUUAGUCAAGGUAUUGAAAGCCACACUACAGUCUACCUGUUCCCCGUUAAUGCCGUUCUGAGCUCAAAUGUUAGGUUAAUGGAUAGUGAAAUUUGUACAAGCAUGGCCAAUCAACCAAUAAGUGAUUAUGAGGAAUUACAAGUGAAUGAAAUUGAAAACAAUGUUGAGGCAAUUGAAGAGGUCAUACUUGGAAAAGAGUUUAUGGAUGUUGAGAGUGCAUAUAAGUUCUAUAAGAAUUAUGGUGGCAAACAUGGAUUCAAUGUGAGGAUCAGAAACAGUAGAAAAAAUAGUGAGAAUUUUGUGACAUGGAAGAAUGGAAAUUUCCAGGUUGUCUCAUUUCAGAAAAGUCAUAAUUAUGCCUUGAUUAGUACUCCAACGAAGCAUUUGCUUAAGGUCAAUAGAAGUAUAUCUGAGGCACAAAAAGCACAUGCAGAUGAUGCUGAACAUUCUGGUUUCUCCAUAAAAGCAACUGUGGAGUUGAUGAGUAGAGAAGUAGGAGGGCCAGAGAACCUUGGAUUUUCACAGAAGGAUUACAUGAAUUACAUACAUAGAAAGCGAAUGUCUAAAAUGGAAAAGGGAGAUGCAGGUGCUAUAUUGCAAACAAAUGAAUAUGGUCGACCCUUUGCACCAUUUGUUGGGGUUAAUCAUCAUAAGCAAACAACAUUGUUUGGUGCAGCUUUGUUAUAUGAUGAAACAACCGAAUCUUUUAAGUGGUUAUUUGAGACAUUCCUCUCUGCUAUGUCUGGUAAGCAACCAGUGACCAUUCUUACUGAUCAGUCUGUUGCCAUGGCUAGAGCAAUAAAAGAUGUUUUUCCACAAGCUACUCAUCGCUUAUGUGUUUGGCAUCUUUAUCAAAAUGCUGCUAAGAAUCUCAGUCAUGUCUUUCAUGGAUCUUCAGAAUUUUUUGAUGAUUUUAGCAAUUUUAUGUAUGACUAUGAGUUUGAGCAUGAGUGGCUAUUAGUAUGGAAUGAUAUGCUUGAGAAAUAUAGCCUCAAGGAAAACAAGUGGUUGACUAAUUUAUUUGAAUUGCGAGAAAAAUGGGUAAUAGUGUAUGAGAGACACACUUUCACUGCCGAUAUGAAAAGCACACAGCGAAGUGAAUGCAUGAAUAAUGUGCUUAAGAAAUAUUUGAAGCCAGAGCAUAAUCUUUUGCGGUUUUUCGAACAUUAUGAAAGAGUUUUGGCUGAUCAAAGAUAUCAAGAGUUGAUUGCUGAAUAUAAGAUGAUACAAACAACUCCUGUCUUAGCAGUAAGUGCACAUAUGCUGCAACAUGGAGCAGAUGUCUAUACUCCAGAGGUUUUCUUGCUCUUUCAGAAAGAAUUUGUGAGAAUUCAUAAUUAUAGUACUUACAAGGUUGGUAAGUCCGGAAUGACAUCAGAGUAUAUAGUAUCAUAUAGUUCUGAACAUAAUGAGCACUUGGUCAAAUAUGAAGCUUCAACACAAAAUGUUAAUUGUAGUUGUAAAAAGUUUACUUUUGUUGGGAUUUUGUGUGCUCAUGCACUAAAAGUGUUUGACAAGAAGAAUGUGAAGAAGAUUCCACCGCAAUACAUUUUAAAGUGA